CCUGUGUGUCAGAUAUAAGGCCAUAGUAAAGUACAAGACUGCCUUCUACUCCUUCUACCUCCCUGUGUGUCAGAUAUAAGGCCAUAGUAAAGUACAAGACUGCCUUCUACUCCUUCUACCUCCCUGUGUGUCAGAUAUAAGGCCAUAGUAAAGUACAAGACUGCCUUCUACUCUUUCCCCCCCUCCCUGUGUGUCAGAUAUAAGGCCAUAGUAAAGUACAAGACUGCCUUCUACUCCUUCUACCUCCCUGUGUGUCAGAUAUAAGGCCAUAGUAAAGUACAAGACUCCCUUCUACUCCUUCUACCUCCCUGUGUGUCAGAUAUAAGGCCAUAGUAAAGUACAAGACUGCCUUCUACUCUUUCCCCCCCUCCCUGUGUGUCAGAUAUAAGGCCAUAGUAAAGUACAAGACUGCCUUCUACUCCUUCUACCUCCCUGUGGCAGCAGCCAUGUACAUGGCGGGCAUCGACAGUGAAGAGGAACACAACCACGCCAAACAUAUCUUACUGGAGAUGGGAGAGUUCUUCCAGAUACAGGAUGACUACCUGGAUUGCUAUGGCGACCCGGCGGUGACAGGGAAGAUUGGAACAGACAUCCAGGACAACAAAUGCGGCUGGCUGGUAGUGACUGCUCUAGGGGUCAUGACCCCAGUACAAAGGGCAGAGCUGGAGUCAUGUUAUGGUCGGCAUGACAGUGUGGAGAAGGUGAAAGCACUGUACAACACCCUACAGAUGCCCACCCUGUACCACCAAUACGAAGACGACAGCUAUCAGCGCUUACAGAAACUCAUCGCGCGUCACGCCCAAAACCUUCCACACGCAGUUUUCCUCAACUUCGCCAAGAAAAUCUACAAGAGAAACAAGUGAAGACUAUGAUGAGAAGACUGUUUUUAUUUAGUGUGUGUUGCACUGUAGCUGGACUGAGGAGGGCUAGUUGGUGUGGCUGCUUCCAUUUCGGUCCCUUGCCCCUACCCCUUCAGUGAACACCAUGGGGUUAAGGGCUAGGGCAGGGCUCUCCAACCCUGGUCCUGGAGAGCUACCAUCCUGUAGGUUUUCGCUCCAAACCUAAUCUAACACACCUGAUUGUAAUAAGAGUGGAAACCUACAGGAGGGAAGCUCUCCAGGAACCGAGUUGGGGAG